AUGCACGCUGCCCUUCUCGCUGUGGCUAGCUUGGCCGCCUCGGCCAUGGCCCUCAUCCCUCCUACAAAGAUGGGAUGUCUGACCCAGCCGCCGUCUGAUGUGCAAAAGGAAGUCCACCAGCAGCUUGCUGCCGUUUCUGCUGCUGCCGUCAGCUCCGCGAACCCUCUGGUAGCGCGGGCCACUGUUUAUGUGCCAGUCUAUGUGCACGUUGUGUCUGCCUCCAACAACGCCCGCGACGGCUACCUUAGCCCCGCCACAGUCAACAAACAAAUCGGUAUCCUCAACCAGUACUUCCAGGGCACAGGCUUCCAGUUCACCCUGAAGAACACCGACUGGACCGUCAACCGCAACUGGGCAUACAACUACGACGAGUACGGCAUGAAGAAGACGCUCCGCAAGGGCGACUACCGCACUCUCAACCUCUACUACAUCAGCGACAUUGGCGGCGGCAACACCGGCUUCUGCAAGUACCCCGUCAGCACAUAUUACGGCAGCGACGACUUUAUCUACGAUGGCUGCGUCAUGAGCGCCUGGACAGCCCCCGGCGGCGUCUCGCCCAGCGGCAGCACCAUCUACAGCACCGGCAAGAUCACCGUCCACGAAGUCGGCCACUGGAGCAACCUUAUUCACACGUUCGACGGCGAGGACUGCAACGGCAACGGUGACUAUGUCGAUGAUACACCCGCCGAGGCCAGUGCUGCCUAUGGCUGCCAGACAAACCGAGACAGCUGCCCUAACCAGCCUGGUUUGGACCCUGUCUACAACCAUAUGGACUACUCCGACGACAACUGCCGCAGCCAGUUUACCAACGGUCAGAUUGACCGCAUGAUUCAGAGCUACAACUUUUACCGCCUCAACUCGCAGUAA